UGCUUAAUACAUUAGAAGGCGACUCUUGCAAGCCUACAGAAUAUGCAUUCCACCUAAAAAUUUAGCUUUCAAACACCCAUGGCUUUUUACGUUGGUUGAAUGGAAUGACGACGAGUGCAAUGCGAUCUUUAAGUGGAAUGUACCCUUUAUCAAGGUUUUACUUGUAUGCAAUACCGUGCUAGUGCUUCCUAUAUGUGCUUUAGACACAAAGGCUUGUGUAAUAGUAUAAUAUUGUAUUUAGUUGGAUGGAUUUAGCUGACAAAAAGUGAUUCAAGCAUUUUAAUGACUUUGAUAUGUAUAGGUUCCAUAGACCUACAGAAAAAGAAGAAAAUUUAUAGGUUAUAUUUAUUUAGCAAUCGGAUUGAGUUGGAACCAUUUAGUUAUAUUGUGAAUUACAAUCCAAAUUGUUGCAUAAAAGAAAAAUAGAUUUAUUCUUCACCACAUCUAACAACUAAAUCUUUAAAAUGGAACAGAACUUUACACCCGAGGAAUUAGCUUUGCCACCAUGCAAAUAUGAAUAUCUGGAUCAUACAGCAGAUGUUACAUGCUUGGGGUUCUAGCCUGAAAGAAGCUUAUGAACAAUGCGGCAUAGCUAUGUUUGGAUACAUGACAGAACUUCAUUCAGUAGAUAUAAAACAAUCAGCAGAUAUAGAAGCAACAGGACAUGAUUUGGAAAGUUUGAUGUUCCACUUUUUAGAUGAACUUCUAUUUUUAUUUAGUUGUGAACCAUUUUUGAUUUGUAGUAAACUUGUUAUUACUGAGUUUUUAACUGAAGGCGAAGAAUAUAGAAUUAAAUGCAAGUGUUAUGGAGAAGAAUUUACAUUAGGCAAACAUCCGCAAGGAACUGAAGUAAAAGCAAUUACCUAUUCCGCUAUGCAAAUUAUUAAUGAGCCUGAUAAAAAUAAUUUUCAAGUGUUUGUUAUAAUUGAUAUUUAGUAGUUAAUAUAUUCAAUUGAAGAGAU